ACUAAUCUUUUCUGCCAUAAUUCUUAGAACCCAAAAUCUCCAACAAGAUGGAGUCUUUUGGAAGCUUUUUGGAUGAAGAAUGGGAAAGUUUGAGCCAAAUAUUCUCCAGUGAUCAAGAUUCCGGCCAUGGUUUAUUUUCAUGUGUGGAAGAUCAUGAUUUGAGCUUUGAAACUCCUCCCAUUGUUUCAUCUGUGAUGACUGACUCCAUCAUUGCUAAUCCAUCCUUCAUUAACAAUCAUGGUUUGUGUUUUGCUUAUGAAAAUGUUAACCCUAAUUUCUACCAUGAUUUCUCUCAAGAAACUAAUGGCAAUGCAGCCUCUUUUCCCUACCUAUCUACUAAUCUUAAUUCUUUACCAACUAAUCACAAACCCGUCGAAUUUUACGAUGAAAUGAUUAACAACAAUUCCUCAUUACUAGCACAAGUCUUUUCUAAUGAUACAAUGGAAGACAUUCUAUGCUUGAGACAAAAUAUCAAUAUCGAAAAUUCAGUCGAUCCAUUGUCGGUUCCAACUCCGGAUAAACUCGAGCAUAUACCUGCCAAGAGGAAGAUUGAAAUGCCAGAAUCACCAAAUGUAGUGGAAGACAAAGUCAACCAUGAGAAACCGAAGAAAACUAGGGUUUCAAGAGAUAAUAAAACUAAAAAGAAAGUGCAGCCAAAGAAGAAACAGAAGGUGACGGAAGGAAAUGAUGGAGAAGAUACUACCAACAACAAAGUAGAUGGCAAUGCGCCGAUCACGAGUUCAAGUUCUUGCAGUUUUGACGAUGAUUUGAAUGGAGGUACCGCGAUAAACUCGAACUAUAAAACGAGAGCUGGUAGAGGUGCAGCAACUGAUCCUCAAAGCCUCUAUGCAAGGAAAAGAAGAGAGAGGAUAAACGAGAGACUGAAAGUACUUCAAAACCUGGUACCAAAUGGAACCAAGGUUGACAUAAGCACAAUGCUUGAAGAAGCUGUCCAAUAUGUAAAGUUCUUACAGCUUCAAAUUAAGUUGUUGAGCUCGGAUGAAAUGUGGAUGUAUGCUCCUAUAGCAUAUAAUGGGAUGGACAUGGGUCUUUACCAGAAGCUUUCACAAUCUUGAAAUUACGAAUUUUUUUUUUUUUUCAUUUGCCGGUUAAUUAUUAAUAAGUUAACUAAACAGACGAAGAGAUUAUAAUUUAUAUUUCUGUUCUGACUAAUUGUAAUUAUGAAAUUCAUUUUUUUCUGAUCGCGUGAGAAGUAUUUCUCAUGGUUACAUUUAUAUGUAUAUCAAGAAAAUAUUGUAUUUAGUGAAUAUUAAUAAAUAAAUUUUGCUGGUGUCUUAUUAUA